GAUAUUACUAUUCUAUAGCGUAGAAUUGAUUGAGGUUGAAGGCUUCAAGCGAUAUACGUACUAUCAAUCUUUGAAAUGCGCGUGACUUGCUAUUAAUCUUUGAAAGAUAAAGGUGCGACUCGAUCGGCGAUGAUGCGAGUGCAGCUCUGAGAGGCAGACAUGGAGACCCUGAGCUCUGUCACUAAUAUCGUCGUGGGGAAGCUCUUCGCGCUACUGGAGAAGAAGUACGAGCAGUGGAGGGGCCUGGAGGACAGCAUCGGUUUCAUCAAGCGGGAGCUCCGCGUGAUCCAUGGCUUCCUGCACGACCAGCUCCCGCGGGAUCGGAAUGGGGAGGAUCCGCCGAUCAGCGCCGUGCAGGCCACAUGCAUCGACGAGCUCCGGGAUCUGGCGCACGACAUCGAGGACUGCCUCGACCGCUUCCUGCCCUGCGCCGCGUGCGAGCGCGAUUCGUCGUUCCUCCGCCGCCUCGCGGCGGACUCUCGGUUCGCCGGCGAGGUCGAGAGGCUCAAGUCGCGGCUGGAGGAGGCGCACGAGCGGAGGGCUAACUACGGCGUCAACGGCGUCGCCGGCUCCGCCGCCGCAGCUGGCGGAUCAAGCUCAGGCUCAGCAAAUACGACGGAUUACAUGGCCCAGAGCUGUGGCCUUGUGGGCAUCAACGUGCCCAGGCAAGAGCUUCUUGACCUGCUCCUGCUCGAGGACGUGGAGGGCCGGCCGGAGCGGAUGCGCGUGAUCUCCAUCGUGGGAUUCGGAGGCUCGGGGAAGACGACGCUCGCGAGGGCAGUGUACGACUGCCCCGACAUCGCCGGCCAGUUCGACGGCCGCGCCUGGGUCGUGGCGUCCAAGCACAGAGAUGAUACCAUGGGGCUCCUGUCGGCGUUACUCGGCCAAAUUCGUCAGGAAGAUGACCAAAGAUUCAAUCAAAUUCCUCAGGAUGAUGAGCAAAGAUUCCAGCUACAGUCCCAAGUCCAAGCUGAUAUCAGGCAACACCUGAAUGCUAAGAGGUACCUUCUCGUGUUUGAUGAUAUUGAGGAGAAGCAGUGGAACUGUAUAAAAUCAACCUUCCCUACAGAAACAAGAAGCAGAGUACUAGUGACAACGACUAUUAAACCAGUUGCAAAUGCCUGCAGCCAUGGUACCGGUUCUGUGUACAAUAUGAGAACUCUGAAUGUGAACCAUUCCAAGGAUUUGCUGCAAUCUGUCCUAAAGGAAUACUCUCCUGAGUUGGAGUUGGACUUGCCAUCGAUUCUGGAGAAAUGCGACGGCCUCCCGCUUGCUCUGGUUAGUGUGGGAAACUUUCUAUGGCGAGAAAGGAUCACUGAAUGUUACCGAAAUCAAGUCUGCUGCAACCUAGGUCAUCACAUUGAGAAGGAGCACGCCUUUGCAGAACUGCGACAAGUUCUUGCGAACAACUACAACACUCUGCCUGGCCAUCCCCUCAAGACCUGCUUACUGUACACGACUGUGUUCCCCAAUGGCUGUUCCAUCAGAAGGAGCAGUCUGAUCAGGCGAUGGUUAGCUGAAGGCUAUGUACAAUGCCAAUAUCCUCGCAGUUCACUGGAGGUUGCAGAUGCAAACUUGGAGGAGCUAAUGGACCGAAAUAUCAUCAGGUCGAUGGAUGUUACCAACAAUGGAAGGGCGAAGAACUGCAGGGCUCACGGUAUCAUGCACGAAUUCAUGCUGCACAAGUCCAGGUGUGAUAAUUUCAUUGCAUCCCUCCAUGACCCAGAUCGAAGCAAAUGCCGCCACCUCUUCUUAACCCAGAGCCUUACAAGUGGAAAUCAAUCAUACAUGGAUUGUGGAACUAAUCCAAAGGGUAAGCAACCUCGUGCCAGGUCUCUGACGAUCUUUGGAAAUGCAGGGGAAUUUGCUUUAGAUUAUGCCAAGUGUGAGCUGUUGAGGGUCUUGGAUCUAGAAGAAUGUGAUGAUCUCAAGGACGAUCAUGUCAAGUACAUAUACAAGCUGUUGCAUCUAAAAUACCUUGGCCUUGGGAGCACCAUUACAUAUAUUCCGAGAAAAAUCAAUAAAGGGCUGCAUUGCUUACAGACACUCGACCUGAGGAAGACAAGGAUAAACACAUUGCCUGUGGAAAUCAUUAUAAUGCCACAUCUAGCUCACCUGUUUGGAAAGAUUAAGAUUAGGGAAGCAAGGGGCCUUUGGGUCCUUGAAACGAAUAAAAUAGAGAAGAUAUUAUCAGAUAAAAGUAAAUUGCAAACUCUAGCAGGUUUUGUUGUAGACAAGAACUCUUUGUUUCCUCGCCUGAUGGUUCAUAUGAAUAAACUAAGAAAGGUCAAGAUAUGGUGCGAGCCCGCAGCUGAACGUAAUAGCAGUAUCAGCUUAAUUUCAGCGGCUAUUCAGAAGUUUACUCAGGCUGGCAUGGACACUACUGGUGCUCAUUCUCUGUCACUUCGAUCCAGAAAAUUUCCUAACCGUCUACUGUGUUGUCUGGAGAAGUCGUAUGGUUAUCUCAGCUCCUUGAAACUGCAGGGCGAGUUGAGCCGGUUUCCACAGUUCAUCACAUCACUGUGUGGUCUCACAGAGCUGUGCCUUUCAUCAACAAAUCUGAAUAAGGAGGAUCUAUCAAACGUUUGCACAUUGCACCACUUGCUUUAUCUGAAACUGGUUGAAUCUGACCUUCAGGGCUUUAUCAUAAAAAAUGGUGACUUCCCACGUAUGCGACACUUAUGCCUUGUGGUGCAAAAUCCCAAUCUCCCUACAGUUGAAAAAGGAGCUUUGCCACAUCUCCUGUCACUCCAAUUGCUCUGCAAGGAUCUAGUUGGUCUUUCUGAAAUCAAGAUUGAGUACCAUGAUUACCUUGAGGAAGUUGCUCUUGAUUCUAUGGUCAAUAUAGAAACAAUAGAAAUUUGGGAAAAUGAAGCUAAGAAGCACCCAAAUAGACCCAAGGUUCUGUUCCGCAAGAGGGUUGAUCCAACCGAUGCUCAGUCCACAGCGAAGUAUGCUGCAACAGAAAGACCAGUACCUGAGACAGGAUGCCCUGCGGUGAUAAAAAAACGGAAAUUCCAUGCUAUCCAAUCAUAUUAUAACGAGUCUGUUGAAACAAAAAAGAGUUUAAGAUGCUGCUCUGGCGUUUAACUGAGGUGCCAAAUGCUGGCAAUGGUUUGUAGAUUCUUCUUUAGGUGGAAGGUGGCAGAUCAGAUCCAGUGGCGGUGGAGCCUCACCCUCAUCUCCUCAGGGCCCAGGCUACGGUCGCCGCUCGCCGCUCGCCGGUGCAGGCGGGGACGGCGCCGUUGGCCGAUCGCAGGUGAAGAGAAGGUUACCGCGACGACGUGGGGGGAUGCCACACCCGAUCUGGGGCUUGCCUUGCGGCUGUGGCCUGCGACUGGGAGAGGGCCUGCCGUUGCGCAUCGUGGCGGCGCACGGGAAUAUCAGCGUGGUGUGCGGCCGGCGGGCGGCGGCGAUGGGAGAGGCGCAGGCCUUGGUCUGGUGCAGCCAGCCUAGAUAUUUUCCCAAAUUUCUGAACUAAAACAAAUUGACUGAAAUACUCCCAAUGUUUUGCUAUUACUCCUAGAAUAUUGGACUGUCUAUACAUACGUUGACAGAAAAUCCCACAUUCUAUCUUUCUAA